CUGGACAACAUAAAAAGAUUCCGAAUUGCAACCAAGGAUUACUCUGAAACGCCGAAGAAAUAAAAAUGGCUCCUCAAUCCCAAAGUACGAUGUUAGAUUCCUUCUUUGGAUCGAAGAGUAACAUCCUGUGUUCAAAUGGUGGGGGUCUCGGCGGGGUAGAUCACGGACAGUACCACUGCUAUCAAUCGUCGAUGGCGGCGAUACCGUCGAUGCCAUCCAUGCCAUCCAUUCCUUCGUGUUCGAAAGAAAACGGCGGUGAUCACCGAAAUGCGGUUCGUCACAGCAAACAUUAUAAGCAACCCCAGCUUAUAAAUUCAACGAUUCCAUCGUGCACACCAAAAUACGUACCGCAACGACAAAAUACGCCACCAAUCAAAAAGAAAAAGAAUCACACAAAACGCGUGACCUUYAUCACGCAGGAAAAGAUACGGGAAAUUCCGAGUCUGAGCUCAUAUACCAGAGGAGAAAUCGAUUCUCUUUAUUUGAGCAGAGACGAAAUGAAUCGAAGCCACGAAGAAUGUUGGCGGUUGGUGGAUUUGAUGAAUACUGGGAUCGAAUACGAAGAUCACGAACAAUUCAGCAAACGCGGACUCAUCGACCUAAAGGACGACUCCGUAGAUCGACGACGAAAAAUGAGGGAUCAAACCUAUCAAAUUGUGCUUGGAGUUCAGCAAUUCCAUAGAGACAACAAAAGAGCACAAGCUACCAUGGAUGUUGUCGAAGUAACCGCUAACUUGUAUCGCAAGGCCUCAGUACAGGCAAAAGAGGAAGCUCUCGAGGCGGCGUGGUUUGAUGCCGUUGCAGUGAGAGUMUAAUAAACCUCGAUGGGAAAUAGAUGAUAAAACUGGGAUACCAAGAUAAAUGCUACCUCACUGU